AUGGCCGGCAUAUUGGACACAUUUUGGUUUGGUACAGUCAUAUUGGGUAUCUUAGUACUCUAUUGUUUAGGUAGCUGCUCUACCGGAGUAUGUGAAAUAGGAUGGUCUGGUCCGAAUUGUCAAAAGGAAAACGUAGCUUUGAAUAAAUCAGCAUCACAAAGUUCUUACUUCUUCUUUUACUACCCAUCUGAGUAUGCUGUUGAUGGUAAUACUAGUCAUUUAAGGUAUAUUGGUAAUGGUUCUGGACAGAGCAAAUGUAUUUUCACCAACACCGGGGUUGAUUUUGCCUGGUGGACGGUUGAUUUGAGAGAGGAAUAUCCCAUUCGUGACGUUAAAAUAUAUUACAGAGAAAAUUAUAUGUCUCAUCUCCGAGGGUUUUCACUGCUUAUUGGAAAGGACGACGAUCCAUCGAAUCAAAAUGAGUGUUUUCAUCAUACAAAUGAAACGUUGAGUUCAGAAUAUACAGUCCAUUGUCAGGACACGGGAAGGUUUAUCAAUAUUACCAAUAGCAGAGAAAAUCCACCGUACCCCGAGGAUUACUAUUAUAGAGCUGUUUUAGAACUAUGCGAGGUGGAGGUCUAUGUGUGUGCCAAUGGUACAUUUGGUAAAGAUUGUUCUGGUUUAUGUUAUUGUAAGAAUCAGGAACGAUGUAAUGUAGAUACUGGUUUGUGUAGUAAUGGUUGUCUACCAAAUUGGACUGGAAAUAGCUGCAGUACUCUUUGUGUUGACGGACCCUAUGGUGUCGGAUGUAGUAAGCAUUGUAGUAAGAGGAACUGUAAAUAUAGUAAUUCAUCGUGUAAUCCAGCGGACGGUUUAUGCCAAGGAGGUUGUGCAUCAGGUUGGUCUGGUAUCGAUUGCUCGCAAGUGCUGACCUUCAAACCUAACUCAUUGAUUUCAACGUACCUUAGUGUUAACCUCCACACCUUACCCAUGGUUCCUAAUAAACAUAAGUGGUUACCUCCAAUCCUGAUGGGGAGCCGCGGUGGCUCAGUGAGUUAG